GAGAAAAUGUCGGUCAUCGGACUUUUGGAGUAGGAUGCGGGAAACGCUAUCAAGUAGUUGAGCUACCCACUCCACUCCAUGUGAGAGAGACGACUCUUUGAGCAAAUGAUGGAAACGAAGUCUGUUUUCAGAAUUAUGUUUAUAUCGAUUGUACGACACCAAAUUACUAUCAAUCACCAUUGUCACCAAUAUCAAGUUUGAAAUAUGGCUUUGUUUUCGAGAAAAACAGUUCUAAGCCUCUCCCCCCUCCCCUCUUUCUUUAUUGUGUUGUUAAUCUUUAGUCUCACGCUUCUUGUUCUAUAUAAGGUGGACAACUUGGCUAGUCAGACAAAAACUAUCAUCGGUCAUAACUUAGAACCAACUCCGUGGCAUUUAUUCCCUGCGAAGACGUUCAAUAACGAAACAAAGAUCGGUCGAGCUUCCAAGAUUGUACGAUGCUCUUACCUUUCCUGCUUGACCAAGUCCAACAUCGGGCAGACGACCUUCACUCGCGAAUCAGAAAAAUGCCCUGAUUUUUACAGAUGGAUACAUCAUGAUCUUGAGCCUUGGUCUCAUACUCGGAUUUCCUAUGCCAAUUUAAUGGAAGCCAAGAAAUUUGCUUCUUUCCGUAUAGUGAUCAUUAGUGGGAAAUUGUAUGUGGAUUAUUACUACAAUUGUGUUCUGAGCCGAACUUUGUUUACAAUUUGGGGGUUAUUGCAGCUUCUUAAGAGGUAUCCAGGAAGCAUACCAGAUGUGGAUAUGAUGUUUGAUUGCAUGGAUAGGCCUAUUGUUUACAAGAGAGAUCACUCUGCUAUGCCUUUGCCAAUUUUUCGUUAUUGCACCACACCUGAUCAUUUUGACAUCCCUUUUCCUGAUUGGUCUUUCUGGGGUUGGGUGGAAGUUAAUUUGGGACCUUGGGAAGAGGAAUUUGAAAGCAUUAAAAAAGGUUCACAAACUAUACCUUGGGAAAAAAAGUUACCUUAUGCAUAUUGGAAAGGAAACCCGUAUGUUAACUCUCCCGUUAGAGAAAAAAUGCUCCUCUGUAAUGACACAAAAAAGUGGGGAGCUCAAAUAUUGCGUCAGAAUUGGGCACAGGAAAUAUCGGUUGGGUUCAAGCACUCGAAACUAUCUAGCCAAUGCAAUCAUCGGUAUAAGAUAUACGCCGAGGGGUAUGCUUGGUCUGUAAGCUUAAAAUAUAUCUUGUCAUGUGGCUCUGUUCCUUUGAUAAUCAACCCGCUAUAUGAAGACUUCUUCAGCCGUGGCCUCUUCCCCAAACAAAACUACCUUCCUAUCUCCCCAAACAACAUUUGUCCUUCAAUUAAAAGUGCAGUCGAAUGGGGGAAUUCACACCCAUCCGAGGCGGAGGCAAUAGGGAAAGCAGGGCAAGGUUUUAUGGAGGAAUUGAAUAUGGAGAGGGUGUAUGAUUAUAUGUAUCAUUUGAUAACCGAGUACUCAAAAUUGUUGGAUUUCAAGCCUGUUAGGCCCGAAAGUGCACUUGAAGAGUGUAUUGAGUCGCUGCUUUGUUAUGCUGAUGAAACUCAACGUGGGGUUCUUGAAAGAUCAGCUACUUUUCCUUCGUCAGCCCCUCCUUGCAAACUCCCUCCCCCAAAUGCUGAAAUUAUUAGGAAACAGAUAGAGGCGAAAAGAAAAGUGAUUUUAAAUAAAACCCAACUCAUAACUUAGUUGAGAUUUCAGAAUAUGCUUAUUUCUUGUGUAGACCAACUUGUGUUAGUCAUAUUGAGGAGUUGUAUUAUGGAUAUGGAUUCUUAUAUGAUUGAGCUAGUAAAUUAAAAAAAAAAAAAAAAAAAAUGGUGAUGGGUCAUGCGUAACUCGGUAAUUUCAGUUUUUACAUGUUGUG